CAGGCGCCUCUUCCCCGGACAUGGAGGCCAAUUAUGGAGGGGGCCUCCUGGACAUGGUCAAAGGAGGAGCUGGGCGCCUCUUCAGCAACUUGAAGGACAACCUGAAGGACACUCUGAAGGACACGUCUACUAAAGUAAUGCAGUCAGUUGCCAGUUAUACGAAAGGAGAGCUGGAUAUCUCAUAUAUUACCUCAAGGAUUAUCGUGAUGUCGUUUCCAGCGAGGGCGUGGAGCUGGGAUUCAGGAACCAUAUUGAAGACGUCCGCUCAUUCCUCGAUUCCAGACAUCUGGACCACUACACAGUGUUCAAUCUAUCACCCAAGUCUUACCGCAGUGCCAAGUUCCACAACCGGGUCUCAGAAUGCAGUUGGCCUGUAAGACAAGCUCCCAGCUUGCAUAAUUUAUUUGCUGUUUGCAAGAACAUGCACAACUGGUUACAGCAGAACCCCAAAAAUGUCUGCGUUAUACACUGCAUGGAUGGUCGUGCCGCCUCUGCCGUCUUAGUCAGCGCAAUGUUUUGUUUUUGUCAUCUUUUCUCCAAUCCCAUCCCCGCCAUCCAACUGCUCAAUGCAAAACGCCCAGGUAUAGGCCUGUGGCCGUCACAUAGACGGUACAUAGGGCAUAUCUGCGACUUAGUUUCUGACAAGCCGGUACACCCCCACUGCAAGCCUAUUGUCAUUCGGAGUGCCACCAUCAGUCCCGUGCCCUGCUUCAAUAAACAGCGGAAUGGAUGCCGGCCGUUCUGUGAGGUCCUGAUCGGGGAGACUCGUAUCUUCAGCACCAUGCAGGACUACGAGAGGAUGAAGGAAUAUCGGGUUCAGGAAGGGAAAGUCGUGUUUCCUCUAGGUGUCACAGUUCACGGGGAUGUUGUUGUCUCUGUUUAUCAUAUGAGGUCCACAAUUGGUGGCCGACUACAAGCAAAGAUGACAAAUACUCAGAUACUACAGCUACAGUUUCACACGGGUUUCAUAGCACUCGGAACAACAAUGUUAAAAUUUACAAAGCCUGAACUUGACGCUUGUGAUUCUCCAGACAAGUAUCCUCAGCUGUUCCACAUCACACUUGACAUUGAGAUCGAGUCCGCGGACAGACAGACAGACCUCACCCCUCCCUGGGAAAAUUUUGUAGCGAAGGACAUUAACCCCAGCAUCCUCUUCUCUUCACAUCAGGAACAGCAGGACGCCCAGUCGGUGGGGGGCAGAGCUCCAGUGGAACAACAGCAUGACAACUUUAAGAACGCCGGGCAGGGGGCAUUUUUCUCUUCCUUGAACUGGCAAGACCAGAAGUCAGACAAGUCCAGUUCUCAUCCGGUAUCCGAAGAUCGAGCCGUGCUAGUACACGAUGAAAGUGAGCCAUCAGACGACGAACUCUUAUCUCUUUCAAGCCAACACAGCAACACCAGUGGAGAAAAACAUCAUGGGACCCCAAAGCACAAAAGCACAGAACCCCCAGCUCCACAGGCUCUCCAGCCUCCCCAAGAAGAUGUUGACCUGUUGUGUCUCGAAGGAAGUUCGGUGGCUGCUGCUCCUCCGUCACAACCCAAGGCACCACCUUCCAACUCAGACCUUCUCAACGACCUGUUUGGAGCUUCUCAGGCUCCUGGGGAAACUCUUUUUCAGAGUGGUGGAAUGGGCUCUGCACAUUCAACGCCACGGCGGUCUGCAGCGUCCUCUUCUCCGUCCCAGUCUCCAAGGAUAGCAGAAGCAUCCACCUUUGAUCCCUUUGGAUCAAGUCCGAAGCAGCCAGCUCAGGACUUACUCGGCUCCUUCCUCAGCGCUUCAAAUGCCACGGCAGGAGACCCAUUUCUGCAAGGCGCCAGAAGCCCCUCUCCCAGCCCGACAGUCCAAGUGGAUCCGUUUAACAUGGCUCCUCCAUCUGUGUCUAUCCAACCUGAUGUGUCUUCAUCAUGGGACUGGGGUGCUCCUUCUCCAGGUGGAUUAGGAGUAGGAAGCAGAUCAGGAGCCACAACUCCUACCGGCUCCCCCAUGGCACACCGUUGCACCAAGCCAAGCCGCAGAGCCUUGAUCCAUUUGCCGACCUUGGAAAACCUAGGAGCAAAUCUUACAGGUGGCUCAUCCUUUGCAAGUAAACCCACAACGCCAACAGGAUGUGGAGGUGGAUUUCCACCAGUGGGUUCACCGCAGAAGCCAUCCCCUCAACACGGCUGGCAACCGAAUACAGGAUACACCUGGCAGACUCAUUCCAAGCCGCAGCAAAACACUACACACUCCUCACCCCAAAAUAGACCAAAUUACAAUAUCAGCUUUGCCACGGCGAACGCUGGACACAACGACAAGGGGAAACACCCAACCGGCCCUGAACCCAAACAAAAGACGUCAGCGGAUAAUUUUGAAGACUUGCUCUCCAGCCAGGGAUUUAACGCUCACAAGGAGAGGAAGGGACCCAAAACGAUUGCAGAAAUGAGGAAAGAAGAAAUGUCGAAAGAGAUGGACCCUGAGAAACUGAAGAUCUUGGAUUGGAUUGAAGGCAAAGAGCGGAACAUCCGAGCCCUGCUCUCCACAAUGCACACCGUGCUCUGGGAAGGGGAGACGAAGUGGAAGCCGAUCAGCAUGGCCGAUUUGGUGACACCGGAACAAGUGAAGAAAGUGUACCGGAAAGCUGUGCUGGUGGUUCACCCUGACAAAGCCACAGGACAGCCAUAUGAGCAAUAUGCAAAGAUGAUUUUUAUGGAGCUAAACGACGCCUGGUCAGAAUUUGAUAACCAAGGACAGAAACCAUUAUAUUAA